GGGCUCCUUUGGGAAGGCGGCGGAGAACCUCCCUUCUGUCUCUGUCCCUGGGCGGCGCAGAUGCUUGAGAGACGUCGCGGGGGAAAGAAGGAGGGGCAGCGCUGGGGCCCACUCAGAUAAAGAGGAGCCUCCUUUAAUGAUGGCGGGUGGGAGAGCAUUCGCUAAUGGGGAGAGAAAUGCAAGAGUUGCACGAGGGGAACGUUUUCUGUGUUGAGGGAGGACUUUAUUGGCUCCUAACGGGUGGAGAGAAUUGCACAGCUUUUCACUGCACGACUUCUUUUUAGCCUUGUGUUGACAUAUGCUAUAGAAGCACCUCCACAAAGGUGCCCGUUUUCUUCCUGGGGGGUUAUUUCCUAGAUUUAUAUAUUUCUGGAAAGACUUUUGUAUUAUUUUUUUAAAGAGUAGAUGGUGUAGAGAGAGAGAGAGAGAGUGGUGAGGCAUGGCUCCCACCGUCAGCCUGUACGAGUUGGCAGACCUGUCCAUCGGGACCCCCGAGGCCGGCGUGGUCAACUUCAACGCCCUGCACUCCCUGCUCCACGCCAUCCUGCGGCACCUCAACCUCCAGGACCUCCAGGAAGAGGUGAAGGUGGAGAGGGAGAGGGGGGCCCCGUCCAAGGGAGACCUCCUGAGGGCCGCCCUGGAGAAGGGCCUCGGGGGCUUGGACAGCGAAGAGGCCUGGCGGAAAGAGAAGGAGCGCAAGGCCGCGGAGGGUGUGGCCGAAGAUGUGGACUCCCGCCUGGCCGACCUGGAGAAGAAGCUCUUCCUCGUGGAGGCCAACCUCCUGGGAGUGGAAGACCAGGUCCGCGGCAUCGGAGACCAGUUCCAGGGCGUCCAGACGCAGGUCCAGGGCUUCCAGGACCAGGUCCAAGGGUUCCAGGACCAAGUGCAGGGGGUGCAAGACCAUGUCCAGGGGGUGCAGGAUAAGAUGAAAGGCAUGGGCAAGCAGCUGAAAGGGGUCCAGCAGCACAUCUCCGGCCUGGAGAAGCUGCCUUCCGGGACAGACCUGCUGGAGAAGUCCAAGAGCGGCUCUGGCACCGCCGUGGCGGACAUGUGGCAGAUGAUGCAGAUGCAGAAGAAGGUGGAAGCCAACGAGGACGGCAUCAACCAGGCCAUGACUUUGUUACAAGAUCUGUUGGAUGAGACCGGCAACAUGAAAGCAACUACAGCCCACUUAGAGGAUGAUGUACAGAAAAUCAAGGAUCAUUUAGCCAUGAUAGACACCCGUGACAUGGAUGAUCGGCUUAAAACUUGUUUAAGCGACCAGCACAGUUUGGAUCAAGAUGUGAAAGACAUAGAGAAGAGGCUAAGCAUGUUUCCUUCCCCAGAGGAAAUGAGCAAUAUGGUGCGCUGGGAGGUUCUCGAGGAUGUCCUUGUGAAAGGCAAGAGGAGCCCAACUCCUGAGACAAGUCCAGUCUUGCAUUCUCCAACUGGCUCCACCUCCCCUCCAGAUGGCAGAGCCCCUGGAUCUCCAGGAUCGCAGCCUGGGGCCCAGAAAAGAGAAGGAACACCAGGCGCACAAGCCCCAGGAGCCCCAAGAGGAGCAGGUGCCCCUGGAGCCCAUCCUGGAGCCCAGCCAGGCAUUGCUGGGGCCCAACCAGGAGCUGCUUAUCCUGGGGGCCAACCAGGAGCAGUUCCUGGGGCUCAGCCAGGCUACGUGGGAGCACCGGGGGCCCACGCAGUUUAUCCUGGAGGUCAGCCUGUAGGUCCAGGAGCACAGGCAGCAUUUACUGGAGGUCAGCUAGCAGGUCCUGGGGCUCAGCCUGGGGCCUAUCCAGGAGUACCUGGAGCCCAAGCACCUUAUCCUGAGGCUCAGCCUGGGGCCUAUCCAGGAGUACCUGGAGCCCAAGCACCUUAUCCUGGGGCUCAGCCUGGGGCCUAUCCAGGAGUACCUGGAGCCCAAGCACCUUAUCCUGGGGCUCAGCCUGGGGCCUAUCCAGGAGUACCUGGAGCCCAAGCACCUUAUCCUGAGGCUCAGCCUGGGGCCUAUCCAGGAGUACCUGGAGCCCAAGCACCUUAUCCUGGGGCUCAGCCUGGGGCCUAUCCAGGAGUACCUGGAGCCCAAGCACCUUAUCCUGAGGCUCAGCCUGGGGCCUAUCCAGGAGUACCUGGAGCCCAAGCACCUUAUCCUGGGGCUCAGCCUGGGGCCUAUCCAGGAGUACCUGGAGCCCAAGCACCUUAUCCUGGGGCACAGCCUGGAGUUCUCGGGGCUCAGCCUGGUGCCCCUGGUGCCCAGCCUGGUGCCCCUGGGGCUCAACCUGGAGCUCCUGGGGCUCAGCCUGGGGCUCCUGGAGCCCAACCAGUCUACCCAGGAGCUCCUGGAACCUAUCCUGGGGCACCCGGAGCCUAUCCGGGAGCUCCAGGAAGCUAUGUGGUUUAUCCCGGGCCACCUGGAACCUAUCCUGGAGCUCCAGGUGGACAAGCAGCCUAUCCUGGGGCACCUGGAGCUCAAGCACUAUAUCCUGGAGCACCUGAAGCUUAUCCUGGUGCCCAGCCUGGAGUUCCUGGAGCUCAAGCAGCUUAUCCUGGGGCACCUGGGGCUCAAGGAGCUUACCCUGGGGCACCUGGAGCCCAAGCAGCUUAUCCUGGGGCACCUGGAGCCCAAGCAGCUUAUCCUGGGGCACCUGGGGCCCAUGCAGCCUAUCCAGGGCCCCUGGGAGCAGACGCUGCCUAUCCUGGAGGUCCUGGGGUUCAGCCUGGAGAACCUGGAGUAGGGCCCGCCUAUCCUGGAAGUCCUUCGACUGUGCAAGGUGCUCCUGGAACCCAAGCCGCUUAUCCUGUGGCUGAUGCUGGAGUUCCUGGGGCACUCGUCCCUCCUGUUUUUUAUCCUCCUGGAUAUCAGCCUGGUGAAGCUGGAAUAUCACCUGCAGGAGGUCAGCUUGCUGUGCCUCCAGGACCCACUCUUGGUGUUACUCCCCCAACAUCUCCGUUAUUGCCUUCCCUAACCCCUGUGCAGUACGCUGAGUCUCCCUCCUCGGGGUCCUCUUUGGCCCCAGCCCGCUAUGCUGAGACAGUGGAUGCCUUGCGUGCCCUUGCACAACUGACAGAACUAUAUUAUGCUCUGAGGGACCAGAUCAACAUGUUGGAUCAGUACAAGUGUGGCCAUGCAGAUCUCCGCAGGCUGCAAGAUUUUCUCACCGAUGCAGUUUAUAGGAAUAUUGCCAUAGUACCACCUGACCUUCCAGAAAAGCUUGCUACAAUCAAGGCCAUGGAAGAAGAGAUGAAAACAGAGAAAGAGAAGUUAAGGAAGAUUGAAAGUGUACUUGAAGGAGAAUUGACAGGACCUGAAACAGAAGAGAAGAUGGAGGGAGCUGGUCAUAUCAACAUGCAGAUAGGCUAUCUCAGAGCAACAGUGCAAGACAUAGAGAAAGAACUCAAAGAGCUGAGAAACAAGCAAGAAGCAGGGAAACAGUCGCUGGAGCAGUCAGUGGCCGAAAAUGCCGUUUACCUCCAGGAACAGUUAGACAAACUUAGAUCUGUCAUGGAGAACAUGAUGUCGUCUUCAUCCACCUUGCUGUCCAUGAGCAUGCCCCCCACCCCGGAGCCUGGAUUGGGGGUACAUAUCCAGCAAGGAACGUGUGCUGCUUGCAGCUUAGAUGUCAGUGAGAAGGUUAGCCAGCUGUUCAAGCGCUACGAACAGCUGCAGGACUCUGUCAACAACUUCAUGUUGAGACAGACAGAAGGCAGGAUGAAGAAACCCAAGCACCGCCAGGAUGAGGAAAUGCUCAGCCAGAUCCAAAACACCAUCCUGCAAGUUCAGGAAGACUGCGAGAAGCUGAAUGCCACUACAGGCAACCUCAUAGAAGACCAUCGCCAAAAGCAAAAGGAGAUCGGUCUGCUGUUCAAAUCCCUGGACAAGCUGGAGCAUGAAAAAGCAGACAAAGAACGCAUAGUGAUGGAAAUAGGUGUGAAAGCCGAUAAGACUGCCCUUGCUGCAAAGGUCAGUCGCAGCCAAUUCGAUGCCACCACAGAACAACUGCAUAAGAUGAUGCAGGAGCUGUUAAACAAAAUGGCUGGGCAAGAGCAAGAUUGGCAGAAAAUGCUGGACAAACUUUUGAUUGAGAUGGACUCCAAGCUUGACCGUUUGGAACUUGAUCCAUUCAGACAGCAGCUGGAGGAGCGCUGGAAGGAUAUCCGGAAACAGCUGAAGCAACGGGCACCACAAGAUGAAGGUGAUGAAGCUGCGGGGAUCAGAAGGAGACUUCUGGCUCAUUUCCACUGCAUUUCUUGUGACCGGCCCUUAGAAAUGGUGGUGCCUGGCCCCCACAUCACAACACUCCCAGCUGUGCCAGGUUUACCUCCGCACCAAUCCCUCCGGCCAUACAUGGUUUAUGAAAUGGAACAAAUCAGGCAGCUAAACCGCAAUCUGAAAUUAGGGCCCGGUGCUCGUUUUGAAGCACUGGAGAAGAGUUCCAGCCUCAGCAAGCUGCGCCGCCUGCAUUCCAAGAUGCUCAUGGACAUCCAGAAGGUUCAGAGCCAUUAUGGCGGAGCACCAAAAGUCAACGCUCAGAUGAUCAGGGAGAUACUGCAGGCCCAAUGUCUUGGCUCGAGCCUGUAUGGCAAACGACUUCCUGAGAUGACGGACUUCAGCUACCUCAGCGUCCCACGGCACUGUGGAGGCAGCCACACCCUCACCUACCCUUACAGGCGAUAUGGGAGAUUUCAGCAGUUGGCCCAGUGCAUGCCACCCAUCCAGGCAGACGAAAGCGCCAUGCUGGCAAUGAUGAAACAUGAAGAGGUAGAUAUACUGGGCCUUGAUGGUCAUAUCUACAAAGGGCGGAUGGAAACGCAGCUGCCGUCACUAAAGGAUGGUUUUUUAAGGUCAAGGAACAAACUUAUUCGAUCCUCCUCGCAAAGGAAUCAACCCAUCCUUGCUGAUAUUGCCAAUUUCCCAGUUCGUCCUCAUUCUGCUAAAAUGUCGUUGCGCAGCCUGUCAGCAAAAUCUACAGGGGACAAGUCUGUGGCUCCUGUCAGGAUCAGUGAAGAGCCUGGAGUACAGGACAGAGAAACUCUCGAGCUACGAAUGGAGGUUCCCUCAAGACAACAGUCCACAUAAACCCUGAUGAACAAUCCACAUAAGCAGCAUAGCAGACAGUGGUUUGUGCCUCAGAUAGUUUUUACCAAUGCAAGCCAGACAAUAAAGGCAAUAAAGGGCAAAAUUGGAAGAAGACUGUAUCAACAUACAGCUGGCCAGAGGAAGAUUUUCAUCUUGUGAUGGCCCAUAGCAGGGGCCGCAUCUGGCUCUUCUCUACAGCAAUGUUUCUGGGACAGUUGUCAGGAGGGGAUAUUACUUCCUUCUGUAGAGAUAAUUAAAUCUAUAGACCAUUUAUUUUAAUUGUCCAAGAAACAGUUACCCUUCAAUACAAAGUUAUGUGUUCAAAUUA